GUAGGCGGAGGCAAGAGGCCACACACACACAUUGGAGGGAACCCCAUCAGCUGUGGGAAGCAACACAGCUUUAACUUACUUUUAUUUUUCUAACUCCGCGCUUCAGAUUCACACAUUUUUGGAGCAGUGUUUUUGAUAUGUGCCUCUGAGGAGAACAGCGAGAGCUCUGCGGUAAAUUAAAAAAAAAAAAAGAGAGAAACGAACAUCCUUAUAUUUUAAGAAGGGGAACAGAGGGGGGAGAGAGAAAAACAGAAAACACGGACUACAGAAGGUGGCUCUGAAAGCAUGGAAUAUUUCAUGAUGCCGACAGAGAAGAUACCGUCCUUACAGCAGUUCAAGAAGACGGAGAAGGAUGUUAUUGGAGGUCUCUGCAGCCUGGCCAACAUUCCCCUCAGUCCGGAGACGGCCCAGGACCAGGAGAGACGAAUCCGCCGUGAGAUCGCCAACAGCAAUGAACGCCGGCGCAUGCAGAGCAUCAAUGCCGGCUUCCAGUCCCUCAAAACACUCCUGCCCCACACAGACGGAGAGAAACUCAGCAAGGCGGCCAUCUUGCAACAGACAGCCGAGUACAUCUUCACCUUGGAGCAGGAAAAGACGCAGCUCCUGACACAAAACAACCAGCUCAAACGCUUCAUCCAGGAGUUCAGCGGUUCAUCACCAAAGAGGAGGCGAGCAGAGGAGAAGGAUGAAGGGAUCGGGUCUCCAGACACGUUGGAGGAGGAGAAGGUCGAGGAGCUGAGGAGGGAGAUGUUAGAGCUGCGGCAGCAACUGGACAAGGAGCGCUCAGCUCGCAUGCAGCUGGAGGAGCAGGUGCGCUCUCUGGACACCCAGCUGCACCCCGAGCGUCUGAAGGUGAUCACCCAGCAGGUGGAGGAGGAGCAGGCACUCAUCCAGAGCCAGACGCUGUUACGGCUGCAGCAGAUCCACGCUGCAGAGAGACAAACACAGAGUCCGCAGGUGCUGGCUCCUCCCACUCCCCCUGCCCCAACCCACCACCCCACGGUCAUCGUCCCAGCUCCGACACUAACCCAGCACUCCCACCAUCACGUCACCGUGGUGACCAUGAGCCCAUCUGUCCACACCAGCACUGUGUCCACGUCCAGACAGAACCUGGACACCAUUGUGCAGGCCAUCCAGCACAUCGAGCGCACCCAGGAGAGGAGAGCCAGCGUCGAGGAGGAGCAGAGACGAGCGGUCAUCGUUAGCCCCGCCCAGGUUUCCAUGGACACCGCCUGCUCAGACACAGACACCGACACAGAGGGAGAGGACUGCUCAAUGAACUGAUUCCACCCCACCAACGAACACACACACACACAAACACAAACACAAACACUUAAAAUACCUGCUCACUGUAAGAUUCCCUCCAGAAGCUUGACUACUUUUUAAAAAGAAAAUCUGUCUUUGGCAUUAUCCAAACUAAAUCCAGUGGUUAAGCUCAGUGUCAGUCUUGUACUGUAAAAUCUCUGAAGAUUGAAAACAUAGGAUGGUCAGCGUGCAGAGGAGGCCCUGUGGGAUUUGUAGAGGCUGUUUUUCGAUGUCUGAGCCGGUCUGUCGCUACUUGAAAACUUAGUGGUCUCCUCAUGUUAAAAAAAAAACAAAAAAAACAAAAAAAAAAGCUAUCAGCACCUGUCCGUCCUUCAUGUGUGUUUAUGUGUGCUACAUACAGUCACAGUAUCAAUUACCCGUUGUCACUGGCACACUGACAGUAUUAUUUGUGCUACAAAUUGAUGGAUUUAGUAAAAUGGAGAGUUGAAUGUAACAACACAAUAAUCACAGAACUCUUGAUUCUGAAAAGGGACAUAGAGUUGCAGUUAUUUCUUCCCCAAUCUUAAUUUUAAUUUUCCUCAAUUUCCCAGUUCCUUUAUUCUAGUGCCAGUGGCCAUGAAACCCCACUUACCUACAACUGAGGGCAUUUCUAUAUUUAAAAAUUUGGGAAAAAUACACACUUAAUUGGAAAAAUAAUUUGAGGAUACGUGUCAAAGAAAUUCUGUCUGAUUUUUCUUGCCAAAAAGUUUGUCUUUUUAAUAUCUAAAUAAGCCCUUAAAAAUAAGCUGAACAAUUUACAUUGAUCAUCUUUUGGUUUUAAUGUUGUUCAUGUUUUCGUUAACGUUUGUUUAUUUUUUUCUGUCAGGGUUACUGAAUGUUGAAGGUGAACAUUUUGUUAUAUUGAGAUUAACGACUUAAAAUUGGAGGUUUGUCAGGUUUUCACAGGGAACCGGAGGCCCUCAGAUGAAAUCAUGUCAGUCUGUUUCAGUUUUGCGCCAACCAAACUCAACCCGUUCCUUUGUUAUCUGGAGGUUAUAGUAGUUGUUGUACUCCUGACUUAAAAAAAAGAAAAAGAAAGAAGAAGAACCAAAUGUUGGUUAAUUUCUUGGAAAUAUUUACCAGUAUUUUCUCUUACUUCCUGCUGUUAAUUUUCAAUCAAACUCAGUCACUUUCACCGUAUCAGACAGAAAGUUUGGCUGAUGUGAAAAUCUGAAAACAGAUUUAGGUGAUUUCACGUGCUAACAAAACAUGAGGGCUUCCAGUGUUCCUCCAAAGACUUCAGUCUUAUCUUCUGGUCUUGGUUUGUUGAUUUCAGUGACUAUGCACUAGAGUUUUUUGCUAUUUAUGCAAUCCCAUCUUCAGUUCAUUUGUUGGUGUCAUUUAUACAUGAGGUGAAGUUAUCUAUGCACCGUUGGUAGGUGUGUACAUUACACCUACAGUAUAUGUAUGAAACUUGACAUGCUUGUAUCAAAGAAUGUAGUAGUCUCUACUCGCAAGGUGCUCUUUGUCAACCUGGUGCUCUGCUGACGAGCAGUGAGCUGAGGCCAAAACCCUUCACGUAACUUUAUCACGUUUCCUGAAAAUUUAUUUUUUUUUGGGGGGGAGGUGGAAUGAUAUUUGUCAUUUCCACAUUUCAGAUUUGCUCAAGAGAGAAGGGGAGCAGGAAGGAGUUGUGUCUGAAAACAAAUGGUGACACGUUUUGUGUUGGUCACAGGAAAAAGUAACUUCGGGAACACGGCAUCAUUUUUCGAAAAGAAAAUCGUAAGAGAAUUCAGCAGCUUUAGUUGGAAAACUAAGAACGUGAGUGCUUUCUAGUGCUGUUUUAAAAAAGUGUUAAAGCAGUGUUCAGCAUGGCUGGUGUUUGAACGAAAAGACCGUACUGAAUUGCAGAUGUUCCCCACCCAGUCCCCGUCUCUCUACAACAUACACCAAAUCUGUGCACCUCAUGUUACGUUGCUUGUAUUUCUCUCUGGAAUUUGACUGGAAAUCCCUGCUUCGAGCCUCUCUCCUGUCAUUCUCGAUUUGAUACGCCGACUUGAUGCUGUAAACAUUCCUUUUUAUUUGGAUUUUGUAUCUGUCUUUUGAUCUCUUACAUGUUCUGUUGCCAAUUGAAUGCAUGUUACUAAUUGCUGUUUUCUCUUGUCUAAAGCGGGCUUUUGUUUUGACAUUUUGUUUAAUUUCUCUUUUUUUUGGUUCUUUCUUUUUAUGAUCACAUGACUAAUGCGUUCAGUGUGAAGCUGUCUUGUGUGAGAUGUGUGGACACUAUUCACUCACUGACUUCAGUUUUAUAUCUGGUUAGAUUAGUGUUUUUCAUGCCAAACAAGGGGGUGGGUGGGUGGGUGGGCGGGCGGUUGGGGGUUACUCAUAUUUCUUUAGUGAAGCUUUGUGAAAGGGUUUGGUGUUCUGCUGACGGAUGUUAAGCUGCAGCCUGAGUUUAGGUGACGUUUGUUAUUGGUCAGAAAAAAAAAAAAACACUUUGCCCCCAAAUGUUUCUGUACAU